CACGAGUGUCCUAGGUUUGGUCAUUCAUACCGAGAGGGAUUUGGAUUUUUUUUUAUAAAUGAGAGAACUAAAGUAGAAUAUACAAAGAUUUUAUACACAAGAAUAUAUUCUGUCUUGGUGAUUGGCCUUCGCUCAACUUUGAUUUUAUCUUUAUGUAAUUAAUGUAAGAUAUCAGUUGACCCUAUGUUUCCUUCCUUGUGCCCCGUAGAAUAAACAAUUUCGGAAUACUAAAUAUCAUACACACGCAUUUUCAGGCAAGACUAGAUAUAAUUAAAAACUAUUACCUUAGUUACACUUUCCUUAGUUAAACAAGAACAAAGUGUAUAUAAAAAACAUGUUGAUUUGGUCUGGUUUUUACACAAGCAAUCAAGCAAAAAGGAGGAAAAAAAUGCUAGCAGCUCCUCCUCCAAUGGAUUUCUCUGUCGACAUGAGCUGUGAUAUAAAAGUGAAUAAUAGCUGCGAGCUUUGCCAUCGAAAAGUGGAUGAAGUUAUGCAGUCUCUCACCGGUACCCUCUUCCUCUCCUUUUAUUUUGGUUUGGUUGUUGAUGAUAGAUUCAUCUUUUUAAUAUUUAUAAUUACUGCAGCAUUUUACUCUGUGACUUAUCUUGGAGAAAACAACACAAUUAAGCUCAAGGCGAGAGCUAACCCUAAUGUGAUUAUGUGGAUCAGUCACAAGUACGGCGAUCACGGCAAGAUCUCCAACUUCCAUAUGAACGGCCAACCUGUCACCCCUCAACCUGGCGGCGGCGGUUAUUACGGUCCUUCAGGCUAUAACCUUCCUUCCAACACCUCCGGUUAUUAUCCAUACCCUCCUCCGCCGCAGUUUCUAGCCGGGAACUAUGGCUACCCUAUGCCUAAUCCACCGCCACCGCAGAAGGAGAGUACUCCACAGGGGAUAUAUAAGCAGCAUACGGCGCCGCCGUCUUAUGUUAUGCAGCCACCACCGCCAAUGCCGUUGUCUAGUUACUCUUACAUUGAACCUCCGUAUUGGCCGAUGAGUGGGAGGUAAGUGAGCGAUUGUGUGAUAGCGUGGCGAAGAAGGAAGCUUCUUCUUUUGUCUCAAACGCUGCGUUUUGGUUUAUGGCUGUGAUCGCUGUUUUUUUAAUAAUGCGAUUGCGUUGUAGACACGAAUUCUGAUUUUGUUUGACCAACAGUUACAAAAACAAAUUAAUUGUUGAUUAUUUGAUGGGGCACUCGGUUUGAAGCAGAAUAAAGUUUUUUAGAUUGUGGUCUCAACACCUUUAGAGAACUAAGAAUAAAGUUUAUGAUUUGAUUUGA